AGAGGGCUCGGUGGUAAGUUGGGACACCGCUUCCAUUCAGUAAGCCCUCCUUCACUCACUAAAUUUUCCUCUUAAGUUUUUCUCUUUUACAUUUCCAAUGGGUUGUUGUAAGUCACGCCCAAAGGAGGAAACUCCAUUGAAAUGCCUCCUGCGUUCCCUGGAUGUCUUGUCUAUUGACUGCAUCAACAAGAAACAACUGAUUUAUUAUUGCACUCAAGUUUGGCCACAGUACCAACUGGAUAAUCGUUCUCGAUGGCCCAAAGACGGGACUUUUGACUACGUCAUUCUCAGAGAUUUAGACGAUUUUUGCCGUCGUAAUGGUAAAUGGUCUGAGGUCAUUCAUAUUCAGCCAUUCUUUGCUCUCCGGGACAACCCUGCCCUAUGCCAAUCAUGCCCGGCCUUUCCACUCCUCCUGGCACGUGGAGAACCCAGCUCUGAUAGCGCAGGGCCCCAUCCGGAGCCUGAUGUGGCUGACCCUCUUUUUGACUCUGCCCCUCUUCCUGCUGAGCAUCUGGUGCCUUCCCCACCUUCUUCACUCUCCUCUCCUUCACCCUCUCUCUCUUCCCCCCCUGCAGCUCACACCCGGUCUCGCACUGGUGGCACACAACCUCCACCAGACCCCAUGUGCCCUUUGCGAGAGGUGGCAGGGGCUGAAGGUGUAAUUAGGGUGCAUGCGCCAUUCUCAAUGUUUGAUAUUGCUCAGAUUGAGAAGAGGCUGGGAUCUUAUGCCCAAGAUUCUAAUAAUUAUGUUAAGCAGUUUAAGAACCUGGCUCAGACCUAUGACCUUACUUGGCAGGACAUAUAUCUAAUACUAUCCUCUACCCUUACUGCUGAGGAAAAAGAAAGGGUGUGGACUGCAGCCCAGGCACAUGCCGAUGAAGCUCACCGCCUAGAUAUUAACUUUCCAGUGGGAGCAACAGCUGUGCCUAGGGAAGAGCCCAAUUGGAAUUAUCAACAUAAUGCUCCUGGGCGGGAAAGCAGAAAUAGGAUGAUAACUUGCUUAGUGGCUGGCCUUCAAAAGGCAGCCUAUCUCCCUGUUAAUUAUGACAAAUUAAACCACAUUACUCAAAGGCCCAAUGAAAACCCGGCAGAAUUUCUUGAGCGCCUUACAGUAGCGCUCCAGCGCUAUACAAGGCUGGACCCAGAGUCACCAGAGGCUAAGGUGGUUCUCAAUACGCAUUUUAUUGCCCAAUCAGCCCCUGAUAUUAGGAAAAAGUUAAAAAAGGCUGAGAACGGUCCUCAGACCCCUCAACGAGAUCUGGUGAGUAUGGCAUUUAAAGUUUUCAAUAAUCGAGAGGAACAGGAGAUUGCCGAUAAGACUGCCCGUGAGAGGGAGAACUAUCAAAUCCUGGCUGCUGCCAUCCGGCCUCCUCUGAGGAGAGGCACCCAACAUACACCACCUGGAGCAUGCUUCAAGUGUGGGCAAGAGGGCCACUGGGCGAAAUUCUGUCCCUCACCACGACCUCCACCUGGACCCUGCCCAAGGUGUGGGCAGCAAGGACAUUGGGGAGUCGAUUGCCCCUCCUCACCUCCACAAGAAUGAAGGUGCCCAGGGCCACCUGCUCCCAACAACCAGACCAUCACAAUGACGGAGCCCAGGGUGUGUUUCUAUGUAGCCGGUAAGUUAAUAUCUUUUCUCUUGGAUACGGGAGCGACUUACUCGGUGCUAUGUCAAUAUACAGGCAAGACUUUUCCCUCCCAGAUCUCGGUGGUGGGUGUAGAUGGCCUACCUACCUGUCCCCCAACUACAGGACCAGUAUCAUGUAAAAUAGAAGACUUUCCCUUUUCACACUCCUUCCUAAUCCUACCUCACUGUCCUACCCCACUCCUAGGAAGGGACUUGCUCUCUAAAUUUCAAGUCUCCCUUUCAUUCCAUAUCCCCAAACAGCCUACACCUGUUCUACUUUUAUCUUUAGAUGAACCUCCACCUGUAACUUCCCAACUAGAUCCUUUCCCUUUACCUCCAGAUCUUGUCAACCCUCUUAUCUGGGAUACUUCCACUCCUACUAUGGCUAGACACCAUACUCCUGUCCUGAUUAAACUUAAAAACCCUACCCAUUUUCCUGGUACUUCCCAAUACCCCAUUUCCCUUAGGCACAGGCAAGGUUUAAAACCCAUCAUCCUUCGCCUUAUUAAACAAGGACUUCUCAGACCCACUAACUCCCCCUUUAACACCCCUAUCCUGCCAGUAGUUAAACCUGAUGGGACCUACCGCCUAGUCCAGGACCUGCGCACUAUUAAUGCUGCAGUCCUUCCCAUUCAUCCUGUUGUGCCUAACCCAUAUACCCUCCUUUCACAGAUACCUCCUGGUAC